AUGACCGCCGCAAUCUCUCCAAAGGCAUUCAUCAUAACCGGCGCCGCCCGAGGCAUCGGCCGAGGCCUUUCCCGUCUCCUGCUCCAAAAGGGCCACAGAGUCUUGCUCCUGGACUCCAACACCAGCGAACUCUCCCACACGGCCACCCUCCUCAGCCGCACCUUCACGCGCGGCACCAACUUCGAAAUCCACCUCUGCAAUCUCCGUUCAUCCACCGAGAUCACCACCGCCGUCUCCUCCGCAAAGAGCUUCUUCCCGGGCGGGAAACUCGACGUCCUGAUCAACAACGCGGGCUACACCGCAGGCGUCGGCGGAGCCAAACUCGAAGACGACGAAUUCCUGGAAGUGUGGAAUGCCACGCUCGAGACGAACCUCACCGGGACGGUCCUCAUGACGAGGGCUUGUCUGGGCAUGCUCCGGCAGCCCCACACAGAUGAUGACAGCAGCGCUAGCAGCAACAGCAGCAGCAGUAGUAUCAUCAACAUCUCCUCGACCCGCGCCCACCAGAGCGAAGCCCAUAGCGAGUCCUACGCCGCGAGCAAAGCAGGCCUGCUAGGUCUCUCGCACGCGCUCAGCGUCAGUCUGAACGAAUCGCCCUCGAAGAAGACGAGACGGAUCCGGGUCAACACCAUCCUGCCCGGAUGGAUCCACGUCGGCAAUGAGAAUUCCUCCGCGGAUGAAAACGGGACGGCCUGGGAGGAGGGUCUGACGGAAGAGGAUCACGCUUGGCAUCUGACGGGGCGGGUGGGCAGAGUGGAGGAUGUGCUCAGGGCGGUGGAGUACCUCGUCGAUGCCGAGGGGGUUACGGGAUCGGAGGUCGUGGUCGAUGGAGGCGUCAGUCGGAGGAUGGUGUAUCCUGAGUGA